AAGUUGUGAUAAGAUAAAUAAAGAUAAUGUGUUAGAUGUCGUUGUGUUUUCUUCCUGUCUGUCCAUUCCUUCACCUUGCCUCGUGAUAGAAAGCUUUAAUUACAGGUCAAGAUGGCUGCCGGGUCAAUGAGGAACCCACGCAUGGGGUCAGAGGUCACGCAGGAGUGGGUGGAGUACAUGCUGACCUGCUAUGAGAGGCGGCGUGACCCAGAGGCGGCUGUGGAGGUCAUCUCUUAUAGGCUGAACCCAGGUGCCAAGCCAGGUGAGAAUGUAGCAUCUGAGCUCAUUAAAAUGUGGGUGGAAGCUAAACUGACGAGAGGAGGCAAUGAAGAAGAAGAAGAGGAAGAAGAAGAGGAGGAGGAGGAGGAGCUAACGAACCCAACCCAAGCAGGAAAUAAAGACGAAAAGCAGGAAAACAAGAAGGAAGAAGGUGAAAACGAACACCACAAGAGAAAGAAGAAGAAGAAGAAGAAGGGUAACAUCACUGACGGAACCAAAACAAAAGACUACAAUUUGAUGAUGAAGUUUAACAGUGGCAGCGAGAUGGACAGAGAAUACGUUAGAUACAUAAGUGCAGACCUUAACGAGCUAUUAAUUUAUUCUGACGUUAUACAGGAGCUCAACGCCUUCCAGGAGAGAGAGGCGGGGGGCAAGUAUCCAGUGGAGGUCCCCGAGUUUGUCUACGGGGUCUGUGAGGGGGACGAGUAUGUGCUGGUUAUGCAGGACGUCAGUGUGUUGGGCUACAAGACCCAGACUAAGGAGAAGGGGUUGGACCUGACGCACACCCUGAUGGCGGUGGAGCAGGUGGCACGCUUGCACGCCCUCUCCCACGCCUACCACCGCAAGCACGACUUUUUGAAGCGCUUCCCCUCCUUCAAAGUGGACAACCGCGUCUCUCUUUUUCUGGUGGAAUUCCUGUCCAUCUUCUAUGACGGCGUGGUGGAGGUGCUGGGGGAGAGGGAGGACUUGAGCCACAUCACGACGAAACUGAGGGACAAUCGUGACACGCUGCUUGCCAAGUUCAGGACACUAGUUUCCAGGGACACUCCGGGCCACAGGGUCAUCUGCCUCAUCCACGGCGACGCCUGGACCAACAACUUAAUGUACAGCUACCUGCACUCAACACACGGCGCCGCGACACCCAAGGACCUGCUGCUCAUCGACUGGGGGCUGGUGAACUGGAAAAACGCCAUCUUUGAUCUCCACCAGAUUGUUUACAACUGCACUUCUCUCUCCCUCCGUCAGCAACACCUACAGGAGAUCCUAGAGCGGUACCACGGGACAUUCACGGCCGCCACACAGGACCUGGGGGCGCCUGUGGCUAAUUACGACCUUCAGGAGUUCCUCAAGGAGUGGGAAAGAACGGCUCUGUUUGGCUUCUUACAGGGAGGAAUCUUUGCCAACUUAAUCGUGCUCUCACAGAAGGCGCGUGAGGGCUUCGCUAAGGGCACGCCAAGCACGGGGCUCUGGAGUCUCUUGGCUAAGGGCGUCGCCAAGGUGAUGGUGCGCCUGUUGCUGCGAGGUUGGCUCACGGGGCCCAUCAUGGAGGGUACCAAGAAGAAAUUUCAGCCUGUUUUUGACGAGUUGAGGUCAGGGGAGAACCACCAUCUCAACUCCAUGCUGAUUGAUAUCCUGAAGGAGGGCUAUGAGCGUGGACUGCUGGACCCGUGACAGCAGGAGGAGGAGGAGGAGGAGGAGGAGGAGGAGGAGGGAGAGAAGUGAGUAGGUAGGUAGUUUUGGUAGAGAAGAAGAAGAAGAAGAAGAAGAAGAAGAAGAAGAAGAAGAAGAAGAAGAAGAAGAAGAAGAAGAAGAAGAAGAAGAAGAAGAAGAAGAAGAAGAAGAAGAAGAAGAAGAAGAAGAAGAAGAAGAAGAAGAAGAAGAAGAAGAAGAAGAAGAAGAAGAAGAAGAAGAAGAAGAAGAAGAAGAAGAUGAUGAUGAUGAUGAUGAUGAUAAAGUAAGUUGAAGUUGUUGUUGUUGUUGUUGUUGUUGUUGUUGUUGUUGGUGUAUGGUUCCCUGCCUGUAAUUACCUGUAUGUAACUGAAUUAUAAGCGAACAUGCAACAUGAUAACAAA